AUUCUUAACCGGCCGACUUCGCCCGAGGCCCCAUUUUCCGUCUCCCCUCCCUUUCAAACUCCCUCUCAGAAUCGCACCAUGCGCCCACCACCGUCCCUCAUCCCCCUGAUACUCCGACCGACACCCCUCACCCUCCACCACCUAACACCCAUGCUCAACCCAACAAGACUCAACACAACAAUCGCCCAACGACGCGUCCACCUACUCGCAAGAUCACUUACGACUGCCAGCGGCACAGGAGAUGGAGGGACAGCUGUGAACACUGUGAACCCGGCGUCGGUGGCGUGUGUGAUUAUUGGGGAUGAGGUUUUGGGAGGAAAGACGUUAGAUACCAAUUCGCACUUUCUCGCCAAAAAAUGUUUUGAUCACGGCCUCGACCUCAAACGCAUCGUCGUCGUCCCCGACAUCACGGAAGAUAUCGCCCAAACGGUACGGGAGAUGUCCGCAUCGUACGGGAUCGUGUUCACCAGCGGUGGCAUCGGCCCAACCCACGACGAUAUUACCUACCCCUCAAUAGCACACGCCUUCUCCCUCCCGCUGCACCACGACACGCGCACCCUUGAGCUGAUGCGCAAGCUGACCCCGCGGAAGGAUGGGAAGGAGGUGGAGAUGACUGACGCGCGGAAACGUAUGGCGUGGGUGCCGUAUGGGGAGGAGGUAAAGGUCGUGCAUCCGUGUGAGGGGUUGUGGGUGCCGGUUGUGGGGGUUAGGAAUGUUUGGAUCUUACCUGGCAUCCCCCGCCUCUUCGAACGCCUCCUCACCGCCGUCCUCCCCACCCUCCUCCCCCCCGCAUCCUCCCACCCCGCGCUCUACAUCCGCGUCCAAAUCGGCACCAUCCUCCCCGAAUCCACCAUCGCGCCCGCCCUCACCUCCAUCCAGGCCCGCGCGGCACCCGACGGGAUCAAGGUCGGGUCCUACCCCAAGUGGCAGAGACAUCCUGUUCGACCUGGGGGGGAUGGCCUGGACGGGGGGAAGGGACGGCCGGGGGUUGUAGUGAGCCUUGUGGGGACGGACAGGGAGGUUGUGGAACGGUGGGCGGAGGUUGUGAGGGGGGAGGUGGAUGGGUGGGUUGUUGAGGGAGAUGAGGAUUGAUGGUGGGAGGUGGGUGAUGGUGGUUUCUUGGGUGUCCGAUGGCUUGGAAGUGUUGAAUGAGCUGCGCCCUCUACGUGUGCACGCAUUAUUGGAAUCACUGUUAUAGUCGAGAGCGGAGCGUACGCAUGGGCGCACUGCCAAAAAAAGGCUUUCAUAUCAAUAGCAUCAUGCGAACGGAGGAUAGUUUCAAUCUCGCGAACAGCGGACUUCUACA